UGGAGUCGACCCUCAAUGGGCUUUGUCAAGAUAAGCCCAUUAAAAGGCUCCUUGUUAAAACCAGGGAAUGAAGGAGCGAUAUAUUUGUUGGUGGUUGAUCUUGAAGAAAGGCAAGAAACGAUGGCAACAAGUGAGGCGGCGACCGCGACAGCGGCGGGGACUGAGGCUCAACCCCACAAAUUAGAAAAAAAAUGGACUUUUUGGUUCGACAACCAAUCCAAGCCCAAGCAAGGCGCUGCUUGGGGGACCUCUCUUCGCAAGGUUUACACUUUCGACACCGUCGAAGAAUUCUGGUGCUUGUAUGAUCAGAUAUUCAAGCCCAGCAGAUUGCCUAUUAAUGCUGAUUUCCAUUUGUUCAAAGCUGGAAUUGAACCGAAAUGGGAAGAUCCCGAGUGUGCUAGUGGAGGAAAGUGGUCUGUCACCAGCAACAGAAAGGCUAACCUUGAGAAUAUGUGGCUUGAAACGAUGAUGGCUUUGAUUGGAGAGCAAUUUGAUGAGGCAGAUGAGAUUUGUGGCGUCGUUGCAAGUGUACGCCCAAGGCAGGACAAACUUGCGUUGUGGACCAAGACAGCCGCAAAUGAGGCUGUCCAGAUGGGCAUUGGGAAGAAGUGGAAGGAGAUCAUUGAUGUCACUGACAGGAUUACUUACAGCUUCCAUGAUGAUUCUAGAAGGGAAAGAUCAGUGAAAAGCCGAUACAAUGUGUGAACUCACAGUGAUGUUUUUGCAGCACAGGGCCUGUAUUCUUAGUUGCCACACUAUGGCUAAAGCUAAUGAAACUUUUCUGAUAAUUUAAAUGUGUUGCAAGAUGCUUUUUUGGUUGUAAUGUAAUACAUGGUAUUCCUUGUUUUUGUUGUAAUUUAUUUUCGCAGACACAAACUGAAGUCUUCAUAUACUGGAUGUGUUGUUAACUUUAGAAUUCUUUACUGGUUAGUGACUGAUUAAAGAUUCC